AUGAAGCUCUAUCCGGAUAUUCUGGCCAUGGCCGCUAUUUUCGCUAGCAAUGUCGUUGCUUUCGAUCCUUCGAUUUUCAAUACCAGCGACCCUAAACCAUGGGGCUUCUUCGUGGACAACAUCAUCUACAAGCCCACUGGCAAUGAGUCCAUGACAUACCCUCGCUAUACUGAAUUGGAUGAUGGGACUAUCAUUGCAACUACAUGGCUUCUAGGUCACACACCUGGUUACCAGCCCAUCUUCGAGUCGAAGGAUGGCGGCGCUAAAUGGAAGCACAUUUCCAAUUUGAACAGCAUCGAUGGUUUGGGCAUAAAUAACCAGCCUGCCCUAACGGUAUUGACGGAGGCCAUGGGGGGUUACGCGGCUGGCACUAUCUUGGCCAGCGGUAACGUUUGGGGUAAAAACUUCAGCAGAAUUGACCUAUACGCUAGUAGAGACACAGCAAGGACUUGGGAGUUUGCAAUCUGGGAGCCAUAUCUUCUGCAAUACAAAGGCGAAUUGAUAGCCUACUACUCGGAUGAACGUGACCCCAAUCACAGCCAAAAGCUUUCUCAUCAAGUGUCUUCCGAUCUGAAGACGUGGGGCCCUGUUGUUGACGACGUAGCUUACGAUGAGGUCGCUGAUCGUAGUGGUAUGACGGUCGUGACAUAUAUUCCACCCAUCAAAAAGUGGAUUCUUGUACACGAACAGGGCUUUGGAAAGACGGUCUUUGGUGUCAAUUACCCCGUCUACUACGUUCUGGCCGACUCUCCUGUAGAAUUUGGCGACAACGUUGGCCAGCCUAUCGUCAUUGAUGAUCGUGCGCCCGGGUCCAGUCCGUAUGUGGUCUGGAGCUCUCAUGGAGGCCCCAAUGGCACCAUCGUGGUCUCUGAUGCGUCAGACAGCCAGGUGUUCACCAAUACGCACGGCGGCGCUGUAGACAAAUGGGAGAAGCAUGCUACGCCUGCUGCAGUGGUAUAUUCGCGUGCCAUCCAGAUCUUGAAGAACAGGCCGGAGCACCUGUUGAUUUAUGGUGGAGAAAGGUAUAGUACUUUCACCCAGGGAAGUGGCCUUCCGUUUUCGGCGACUGUAGUCAAUCUGACAGAGGCGCCUACGCGCUCUAGAAAUAAGGAAGUCAAAAAGAAACGGAGGGGCAGACCACCAGGAAGUCGCAAUUCCGCUAUCGGCUCGAAGCCAGCGCCAAAGCCCGGUACAGCAAAGAAGAGGAAACCUUCAGCCAAACAGCAGCCACAAGAAGCCGAAGAUGAGCUAUCCCUAAUCGAACCAGCUCCAUCAAACCAACCAAAACCUCGCAAGCGCAAAGCUGACGACACUGCCGCUGCCGCCGCUGAGCCAGAAGCCCAGUCACGCAAGGAAUAUCUACGGCUCGAGGCAAAAUCAAGGAGAAUCACACGCGACCAAGUCGACAAAUGGCCAGAAAUAUCACCUCAGGUCUUGGAGCAGAUCCUUGCCGUGGUGCGCAAUGCGAAGAAGGACACAGCUGAGACACAGCGGGACGAGCGGAAGGUCAUGGCUGCAUACAACACGCUCAACCCACUUGUACGAAGACUAUCACGCCAACUCGCCGAGUCGCGGAUCCCUCCUCAAGCCAAAGACAUACACUUCAACAUCGAUAAGCUGACGGAGCGCAAUGCCCAAGUAUCGCGAGAGGUCACUACUGCGCGACACUCGAAGCAACUGCUCAGUGAGCAGAUCAAGAUUGCCGAGCACUUGCUUAGCAAGGACGAAGAAUACCUGGAGUUGAUGAAGAAGAACGCAAAGACGUGGAGGACUGAGUGGAAACACCAGCGGAAGCAUGGACGCCUCCACCCCUUGCUCCAACCCGGUGACGAGGUCACUACUGAUGGCGACGGCCCUGAGGAUAUUGGUUUAAAACCACAAAGCACAGUAGAUCUUUCGUCCCUCGACUCGCCCGACUCCGACCUCGGUCCGGUGCUUGAACAAUUGAAGCGCAGCCUAAAGAACAUGCAGAGCAAUCAUACCCAAGUAGAGGGCCUCGAUACGGCAAUAGGCAAUGCACAAGCUGCGCUAGAUGAUGUCCUGUUUCGGCAUGCCAAUGCUGCACAGUAUGCCAACUUGUGA